CGCCUCGCCGACCGCAACUCCCCUCUUCCCACCGAGGACAAAGCCGCCAAAACGGAUUCCGGAAGCCAGAACGCCGCUCGCGCUCCCAGCGCUGAGCCCACUUCUCCCACCUCCCCGACCGGAUCACAGGCCUCGCCGCGCUUUCACCGGCCCAUCAUGCAGGCAAUGCCGGAUAACCGACAACAGUCUUUUGACGAAAUCUACGGCCCGCCGGAGAACUUUCUCGAGAUCGAGGUCCGCAACCCCAGAACCCACGGCAUGGGCCGCAGCAUGUACACCGACUACGAGAUUGUCUGCCGCACCAACAUCCCCGCCUUCAAGCUCCGCGCCUCGAGCGUGCGCCGCCGCUACUCCGACUUUGAGUACUUCCGCGACAUCCUCGAGCGCGAGAGCGCCCGCGUCACCAUCCCGCCCUUGCCCGGCAAGGUGUUUACGAACCGCUUCAGCGACGACGUCAUCGAGGGCCGCCGCGCCGGCCUCGAAAAGUUCUUGCGCAUCGUCGUCGGACACCCGCUUCUGCAGACGGGCAGCAAGGUCUUGGCCGCUUUUGUUCAAGAUCCCAACUGGGACCGCAACGCGUGGUGA